CUGUUUCUGACUCGACCAAUUGCAUCGCUGUAUUCCAGUCAGCUGCCAUUUUCUUUCUCAGCUGUCAAAUGUCAUGUGAAACGUCAAAAAAUAGAAACAAGUUUUCGUAUCAUUUUUUCGCUUUAAAUCCCGUAUUUUACUCCUAAUUUCGUUUGAAGAUGUCGGAAAAUGGGCACAACGAUGCGUAAGAAAACCCAAGUGUCGUUUGUGAUACGUGACGAGGAGGAGAGGCGUCAUAAAAAUGGCGUUAGCUCGCUCCAACUGGACCCGAUACAGGGCAGAUUGUAUUCCGCCGGUCGCGAUGGAAUUAUCCGGGUUUGGAAUACAGCAACAGGAGUGCAGGAUAGGUACAUCCAGAGCAUGGAACACCACACUGACUGGGUGAACGAUAUCGUGCUGUGUUGCGGUGGGAAGAAUCUAAUAAGUGCUUCUUCUGAUACUACUGUGAAGGUGUGGAAUGCGCCUAAAGGAUUCUGCAUGUCCACGCUUCGCACACAUAAAGACUAUGUUCGUACGCUGGCCUAUGCGAAGGACAAAGAGCAGGUCGCCAGUGCGGGUUUGGACCGCGCCAUUUUCCUGUGGGAUGUCAACACAUUGACUGCGCUAACUGCCAGUAACAACACAGUCACAACUUCAAGCCUCGUUGGCAAUAAAGAGUCAAUUUAUAGUCUCGCAAUGAACCCACCCGGCACCAUCCUUGUCAGUGGCUCAACAGAAAAGGUUCUGCGGGUUUGGGACCCCCGUAACUGUUCACGGCUGAUGAAACUGAAGGGCCAUGCUGACAACGUCAAGGCUUUAGUCGUCAGCCAAGACGGAUCUCAGUGUGUAUCAGGAAGUUCCGAUGGAACUAUAAAACUAUGGUCGUUGUCACAACAGAGAUGCGUGUCAACGAUUCGAGUCCACUCUGAGGCGGUAUGGGCUCUGCUUGCCACUGAAAACUUCACACAUAUCAUAUCAGGUGGACGAGAUAGACUAGUCAUUAUAACGGAGCUACGGAACCCUGACAACUUCAUGAUCGUCUGUGAAGAGACUGCCCCAAUUCUGAAAUUAUGUUUCACAGCUGAUCAACAAGGCGUUUGGGUUUCAACGUCAGAAUCUGACAUCCGUUGCUGGAAGCUGCCACCUCGUAACUCCUUAAGCUCGGAUAUGUAUAAUCAAAAUAAUUAUAAUACUAAUAAUGUGUAUCAGACGCAACCUAUCCACCAUAUACCUGGUGGUCCAGCCAUCAAACAUUACACUGUACUGAAUGACAAACGUCACAUAUUAACGAAAGACACGGCCAACAAUGUUGCGUUAUAUGACGUCUUAAAGGCUUGCAAAGUUGAAGACUUAGGAGAGGUUGACUACGAUGAAGAAGUGAAGAAACGUUUCAAAAUGGUUUACGUUCCCAAUUGGUUCAACGUUGAUUUAAAGACUGGUAUGUUGACGAUACACUUGGGGCAAGAUGAGACUGACUGCUUGAGUGCGUGGGUUAGUGCUAAAGAAGCUGGUUUGACAACGGAGAAUGAUCAGAAGGUCAACUUUGGUGCGUUAUUAUUGCAAGCUUUGCUGGAACAUUGGAACCAUCCGAACAGAGUGAACGAGUCCGGCAUGAAAGUGAUUGGGAACAAUUUCUUUAGUGUUCCAGUGCACACUCCACUGAUAUUCAGUGAAGUUGGCGGAAGAACACUUUAUAGGCUUCAGGUCGGCGACGCAGGAGGCGAGAACGAAGGCAACCUCCUCAUCGAGACAGUUCCCUCCUGGGUGGUUGAGGUGGCCAUCGAGAUGUCUGCUCCCAAUCUCAACAAGCUGCCCUUCUACUUACUGCCGCAUUCCAGCUGCCAGAGCAAGCAGGAUAGACAGAAGAAGGACCGCCUAGUAGCCAACGACUUCAUCCAAUGUCGUAAAGUAGCCGAACACGUAGUCGAAAAGAUAGUCGGCGGCGGCGACGCCUCCGGAGCCAGUGCAGGCAGCGGGAAAGGUAGCGGCAGCGCCAAUGAGGAUAGCGGGAACGACGCGCCCGAGGAACGGGUGGAGUUGCUGUGCUGUGAUCAGGUGCUCGACCCAAACAUGGAUCUCCGGACAGUCCGCCAUUUCAUCUGGAAGUCCAACGUUGAGUUCACGCUCCACUACCGAGUUCUAAAACAAUGAAAGUACAGCGCACACCUGUACAGGUCACAAAUAAAAAAGUACUGCUCUUUCCGAUGCAUCUUCGAGUGAUACGCGUAUUUGUGGUGAGACAAAUUGACUCUUAUGUCUAUAGUAAGUAGAGAUAGAAUGGAAUAUCGGUAGCCAUAUUGGAUUUGGUGACGUCUUUCUUGUUACUUGUCAAAAUUUAAAUGUAUUUCAAAAUGGCCGAUUGUUGUGGUUAUCUUAUAGUUAGCAACAAUUGUUUCUGUAUUCCUUUUUGGCGUAAUACCAACGUGUGUUCUCUGGAUUUUUGCAGACAGAACAUUUGACUAACAAUAGGGUAUUUGACUUGGUAUUUAAUAAGACAAUUUAACGGCCUAAAGCUCAGUUUAGUUUUAAGUACCCGUUAAAAUAAGUACACAUUAAAAAAAAUGGACUUAAAAUUUAUUUUUGACAGUACGAAACCUGUGAUGUUGAUUUAAAUGUUUUAUUGUUUUGGACCUUAAUGCAAGCUAAUAAGUUUCAAAGUAUGUUGGAAACUACCUAAACGAUUUUAUAUUAUAACAUAUCAGUCAAGUACCCUUUCGAUUUAUAUGAAAUACUUUGAAAAAUGCCGUGUUAAAUGUGGACCACAUUAUUUUUCCUAAUGUUUACAAUGUUUAUGAAGUUUUUAUGCAAUGUCACCAAAUUGUCUUGUUUGUUAUUUUGGCUGAAACCUCGCAUUUUUGCGUGUGUACGAGAUUUUAUCAUUGUCAUUGAAAUAAUUUCCUAACAUGAAAUGAAUUAUUGGUUUUCCAAUACAAAUAGAUAUAAUUCGCGCAGCGAAAGUUGAGGCGAACACAUACACUGAUGUAAUACUUGAAUACACAGCACAUUUUAAUAUUCAAAUAUCGAAUACACUAUCUAACUCGCUCUUGUUAAAUGUGUGCAAGCGAGACAAAGGCACUUGUCAGUCUGACUACACAAAACGUUAGCCCGACAUAAUAUUCCAAUGUAAAUCUUAGGCUGGGUUGCACCGUCUUACUUUAACUUUGACAAACGUCAAAAAUCUGUCAAACUCCAUACAAAAAACACCGGUUAUCGUCAUAGUUACGGUCAAAGAUAGGUGGUGCAACUUAGCCUUUGCUUGUGUUUAUCCCCUCAACUUUCGCUGUGGGACUUAAACCUAAGUAUUUGUUUUAUGGUAUCAUACAACUAUAUUUCUAAAAAAUCCUCGUGUGUGCCACGCGAUUUUGCAUGGAAAAUCAAAUGUUUGAGUUAAUGUGAAGUAUUCUUGCCGAUGUGUGUAUGGAAUUUUGAAUGUAUUGUAAAGUAUAUUCGUGAACGUACAAGGUGCUUGCAGAACGCUCGCAAUUUAUACUCCAUAAAUUAUAUACUAAAUAUUGCUGUUUUGCUAGUAUUUCUAAGAAUUUGGCAAAUGUAAGAGAACUUUUUAUAUCUUUCUUAUUUCACGAUGCAGGGGCACGGCAGUGUCUUGGCCAAGUUUCUAAUUUAAUGGUAUGGUAACGGCUACUGUUGUAUUCUAAACGAUUAAUUCUAAAGCUUUUAUCUACCUACAUAUGGACUUAUUUCAAAUAUUUUUGCACAACACGAUUUAUACUUAUUUUUACAUACAUUACGAGCUCUAAUUGGACUUUUUCGUACCAUACACAAUAAUAAAAUUGACCUACAAAUAUUUAUGUCAAAACAAACUUUUCUAUGAAUUUGAAUUUUAAAACAUAAAGGACUAAAGGUGUAUAGGAUGCCUUAAUUUAUUUCAUAUCGUAGCAUUUUUCUUUUUUAUUAAACAAAAUGUAGAAUAACUAGAAUUUACUUAAGAAUUUCGUCUUAUUUUGAGUCAAAUGUUAUGAAUUACAUUUUGGUCUGGUGAAAUGUACUGUUUUGCUUAUUUUUAAACAUUUUGUAAAUAGUGAAUAGCUUGGAUUUAUUGAUAUGAAUGGAGAAAGGACGCUAUUUACGUGAAGAGUACAAAACAUUUUCUGUUAUGAUUUGAUGACAUUCCAGUUUUGACAAUCUAAACAUAAUUAAUCUUCCAAAAAGAAAACACUACAAAUAAGUAAUUAGUUUCUUAAAUUUUUCCCACAACUUGGCCUUCUCUGUUGACCCUACAAAUCUUUUAAAAUGUCAUAUUUAAACGUUCAGGGAUGUCAUUCUUUCAUAUUUUCCGAUUUGGCUUAAAGAUAUGUGUUAAUUUUAAUUCAUACAUGUAAAAAAAAAAUCGUAAAUGUUUUGACUGGUUCUUCUACAUUAUAAUAUUGUAUGCGUAGGUUAUCAAAUAACCUAAUGUAAAAUGUCGAAAUGAAACUGUAUGAAGCUGUAUUAGAUAUUUAAGAUGUAAUGAACUAGUUUUUUCUGCUGAGAACGUUGUAUUGGUUUCCUAUGAGAUAGACGUUGUUAUUAUUUAUCCGACAUUGUGCUUAAAUAGCGUGAAAGUAUCGAAUUAUAAAAUAAAUAUCGUUAUAAAUUA